GGCACGGUUACUUCGCUUCCUACUGCCGCGUACUACUUCGACUCAAGUCAUGAAUAACCCGUCCACUGCGUCCAGAACUCGGCAUUCAGACCGUCCAUAGCAGUGAUAAUUGUGACAAUUACCCGAGCCGGUCUUCUCUCGGUGGAUCACAUGAUCGAUAUAGCCGUUCCGUUCCCGAGGACAUUGAUGUCCCUGCUAUGACGCAGCGUGCACUGAAGCCAUCUGUUGAAACUACUACCACCUAAAUUUCCUACCCUGGGCCCAUUUGAUCAUUCCAACGUUGAUCAGCCGCGAUAGUGCUUGAAUAUUGAUGCAUCCAUCAUGCGAGAACAUCUCGAGGACAAUUCCAUACCGAUUUCGUUCUGACACCACGGAAGACACUCGGGUAUAACCACGGAGUUAUUUACAGCAAGCCCUGUUUCUGUUAUCAUCACGUGGCAUAUCCAAUGCUGCUUAGCUUGUUGCAACUCUGACACUCCAUAUGGAAUUGUACAUGGAGCAGGGCAGCAGGAGACAAGCUGAAAUCCACAGUGAUCUAGCCCAACAAACGUCUCCAGAACCCAACCAAAUACCACCACCAUUGAUCGUCAUGUCGCAGGGUAGCAUCCGCGCAUGGGGCUGGCUUUUCCUGGUGGGGGCUUAGUCAGUCACUGCUACCCCGGCGGGGCGACUGACCCUUCAUGCGGGAGGGAUGGCCAGAAAGGGAAACCCUCACAGGUCACGGUCUUACGAUUUCUGUCUCACCACCCAUCAGGGGAAUCCACUUAUUUUCCGUUUUAACGCGCUUCAAUUGCCCUCUACUCCUGGUUCUUGCCAACUUCUUCUCGUUCUCAGCCCAAAUCCUUAGACUUACGCACGCUAUACACACAGCUUAACCCACUGAUUAUGGCAGCAACACCCAAGGAACUCGUCCCCGAGACCGAAUCCAUUGCCGACGUCUACGCUUCAGACGAGUCUUCAGGAGUCUCACCAGAAGUUCAGGCGCGCUGGAAUGGUUUGAUCUCUGGCUUUACCAAGCUGUACGGACACCGCCCCGAUUUCGUAUCUCGCAGCCCCGGUCGCGUCAACAUCAUCGGUGAGCAUAUCGACUACUCGCUGUACGACGUAUUGCCUACCGCUGUUAGCGUGGAUGUGCUUAUUGCCGUCAAGGUCGUCCCCUCAGAUGGCGAGCCUUUCGUUAAGAUCUCCAAUGUGAACCCGGAGAAGUUCCCGACCCGGGAGUUCAGCGUCCCCCGGACUACCGACAUUGAAAUCGAUCCGAAAAAGCAUGAAUGGGUGAAUUACUUCAAGUCUGGCAUUCGGGGUGCCCUGAAAUUUUUGCGUGAAAGAUACCCGGAUCCAUCGUUUGCGCCUGCUAGUAUAGAGGUUCUGUUGGACGGCAACGUUCCACCUGGUGGUGGUAUCUCUAGUAGUGCGGCAUUUGUCUGUUCCAGUGCAUUGGCGGUUCUGAAAGCAAACAACCACAAUGUCUCCAAACAGGACCUUUUGGACCUGGCAGUCGUCUCUGAACGUGCAGUUGGAGUCUACUCUGGGGGCAUGGACCAAGCAGCUUCCAUCUUCUCUGCUCGAGGAUAUUUACUCUACACCCAAUUCUUCCCCAACUUCGCCGUGCAGCAUGUUCCUAUCCCGAAGGCCGAGCAUGAGAUUACCUUCCUAGUCGCGCAGAGCUUCGUCACAUCUAAUAAGGCUGACACUGCUCCACGCCGGUAUAACUUGCGUGUAGCUGAAUGCACUCUCGCCGCUGUGGUGCUAGCCAAACUGAACGAUGUGACCCUACCCAAGGAUAACAGCUCUCUUGGGUACAGCCUUCGUAACUUCCAUAACGAGUUCAUGCGAAAAGAAGGGCGGCUUGGGGAUCCUCUCGAAUACCAAGUUGACUCCGUCAUUCAAGCCGCCAUGGAGCAGCUUACCCAGGAGGAAGGUUACACACGAGAAGAGAUAGCCAAGCUUUUGGAGAUAACCGUACCAGAACUCGAGGCCCAAUUUCUGUCCUCGUUCCCUGUCCAAGCUGAGCGCUUCCUUCUUCGCCAGCGCGCCCUGCACUGCUUCAAGGAAGCCCGUCGUGUUUUGGACUUCAAAGCCUGCCUUUCCAAGACAAACACACUUGAUGAGCACCAUAUCCUCUACUUGGGCCAACUGCUCAAUGAAUCUCAAGAGUCGUGCCGCACGCUGUAUGAGUGUAGCUGUCCGGAAGUCGAUGACAUUUGCGCCAUAGCCCGCCGCGCAGGCACCUGGGGCAGCCGACUGACUGGAGCUGGGUGGGGAGGCUGCACUGUCCAUAUGCUCCCGCAAACGAAGGUCGAUGCUGUCAUCAAGGCCCUCAAGGAGGAAUACUACUAUAAGAAAUUCCCUGAUAUCAGCGAUGAGAAGAUGGCACAUGCGAUGGUCAUCAGCAAGCCGUCCAACGGUUCCUUUAUGUAAGUUAUAUCUGGAAAUUCUGAUGUAUCUUUUCCUGGGUAAAGAGACAGGAACUAAUAAUUCUUCACAAUUUAUAGGAUUACGGGAGCUGCAAUUUCGCAGGUUGAGAUCUAAAUGACUACUAUUCAGCAUGCAAUAACGACCUCAAAUUUACUCAUUUGCCUCCUGUAACUGUUUGCAUAUGUGAUAUAUGCACUUAAUAUGUUUACCAUAAUAUACUAUAUGCUAUGCACUUGAAAGAAAGCUACUUUUACAUACCAUAUAAUACAAAAACCUUGUUGUGAA